CAAAGCGUGUCAACGUCCAUCGUUCCGUUUCGUUUUUUUGGUGUUCUCACUACGGUGACUGUGUGUGUGUGUAGCGCAACCAACGUCGAAUCGAUUCCACUUUUCCCGUCAUUUUGCAGGGGAGUGGUGGGUUUUCACCACAGGGAACACGUUCGAACGACUUGAAGACUCUCGUGUAUUCCUUCCUUCCUUUCUGUACGCCAUCUUUUACUCGGUUUCACUUCGUUUACUCCUACAUUCAUUCAUUUACUCACUCUUGGCGUCGCACCGACUCGACCAGGCCAUUGUAUUACGUCUGUCGUCUCCGAUGUCGACCGAUCCUCCCGUUGCACUCGCCUUGGCCUUGCCUCCAUUGUCUCCUACGGCAGACGCCACGCUUCCACACCACCACCGCACCACCAACGACGACGACGAGACGUCCCGUCCUUGGCCAGCCGCAACGUUGGGUACGCAGCUUCCACCACUACCACGACACCACCACAACAACGACACACGUCUCGCUCGUAGUCGCGAACGCAAUCGCGAACACGCGCGACGCACUCGUCUCCGCAAAAAGAUCCAACUCGAACGGUUACAAGCACAAGUGCAGACAUUGCGAGGUGAACGCCACGAUCUUCGGCAACGGAUGGAAGACUGCAGCCUCGCAGCGAUUCUGUGGGGACUCGGAGGACGAGACCGACACCAACGGACGCGACAACUACUGAUGGAAACCAAUAAACCAACGAGUACUACGGUAACGGAUGUUGCUAGUGCUGCUACUAGUACUACUGCUACUGCUACUACGGCAACAACUGCUUCCGCAGUAGAUACAGAGUCCGACGAAACGACGUUCGUCUGGUUGGCGGGGAGCAAGCGGAAACGCUUCGUAGCGGAGGACGGUGCCGAGACUCACACGCAACUAGACCUUGACGAGACACCACCGUCACUGACUACGGAAAGCCUUUCCACCGAGCGCACCACGGGCAAGACCCAAAUCAACUGGAAAACCGGGGUGCAGACGGACCAAUACGGCUCGCAAACGCAACUUACCCCCUACCAAUUGGAAUCCUUACGACGCGAACGCAACCGCCGGCACGCCAAAAUGACACGCGAUCGCAAAAAGUGUUUCGUUGUCACGACGGAAAAGGUCGUGGCCGAUCUACAGGCCGAAAAUGCGCGCCUCCGUCAGAUACUCGCCCAGGUCACCACCGAAUCUACCAGUCAUCUUCACGAACGGAAUCACAACCACUCGACUGCCAACACACUCGUCACGCCCGUCACAUCGCCCGACUUGUCCGCCAUCCCAUCGCCAACCGACGACGAAACUUCGGUGUAUUCCGCGACCACUGCCGACGACGGAUCCAUCCUUCCUCGGUCGCCCCAACGUAACCACACUCCCCGCGCCGCCUUUUCGCUCAACGACGACUGACCCGGCAAACGUCGACUCUAGAGUUUGCUCCCGUGGACGCCAAAUCUCCCGAUUGACACACGGAUGCGGACGCAGACGUACCGCUCGGAUCACUCGACUAUCUCUCGCACGUACGCACAACUACACUCACUCCCACUCAUUCCUGCACGAUCGCUUCCUGCCCUAGACUGGAUUGUUUCCGAUAUCUUCUACUACGCCCAUCCUAUUGCCACACGCUUUCGUCGCCGCGCUCUUUCCUCGCAAUGAAAAACGGAACCGGACGAGCGUUCCACCGGGACUGAUCGCGAAGCAGUGCCCGGAUACCCCCGCUAGGCUACCGCCGCACUCUUUCUUGCACGCACGCACGACGGAAUGAUUCCAUUAUUCCUGGUCGCCAUUCGAAACAAACUACCUACUCCGUCAACCCCACUUUUUUCACCGAUUCGUAUCCCAUGACCACGAUCCGCAAGGUUAAACACACUAAUGCUGCACCUAGGAAUCGCCGUUGACAAACAAACUAGAUGCAAAGUACAAGAAAAAGUCUUCUAGGAACUAACGUGUGUACUACUCUAGCGAAAAGACCACGGAAC